AGAAGAAGUGUCUUUUUUUCUUUUUAAGAAAAAUGGAAAAAGAGAGAAAAUCCUCUCAAGUGUGCGGCGCUCUGGAAGACACGCUGGUGGAUGAAGCAGCGGAGAAAGCAGCAGAUGAUGUCAUUUCCAUGGCCGACUCCACAAUCACCGUCGAGGAUAUCGAAGGAGAGCUGUUCAGAAUCGAACGAAUACGAGACAUUCUCGUGCGGAGAGAGUCAGAGCUGAGAUACAUGAUGGACGACAUCCAGCUCUGCAAAGAAAUCACAAGGCUGAAGCAGGAGUUGCAGAAGCUUGUCUCAAUUCCAGACAAAGACAAGUCCAAAGAGGACCGGGAGAGAGAAGAGAAGCUGCUGCAGCAGAUCAACAAGCUGGUGGAGACCAGAGACUUCCUUGUGGACGACGUAGAGUUUGAAAGGCUGAGGGAGAGAGAGGAAGACAGAGAGAUGGCAGCCUUCUUACAGUCCAAAUUUCCCAAAGCUUUGGCUGCAAAAGCUUCAGGUGCUUCGCAAGAUCGAAAGGUGGCGUUUAAAUCCCAGCAGACGUCAGCGCCGCUUCUCACUAAAACCGGCCUCACGCUGCUGAAAGACUGCUGCGGCUUCACCUGCUCCGUCAUGUGACUCGGAAAGCCCAGAAAGUGGGUUCUGCUCAUCUGGGCGUUGAGUUUUCAGUGGGAGAAAUGUUUCGUCACACAUCCCAAGUGACCAGACGUUAAGACGAAAAGUGACAACAGUUGAUACUAUCUUCAAAUGUACGUUUGUUAGUGCGUGUGUGUGCGUGUGUGCACAUAAACAGGCUUCCUCAGUGCUUUCUGUGUCCUUACAGGAAAGAUUAUAUGUUUGCUGCUGUAAUGUGAGUGACAUGUACUGAAAUAGUUUAUCUGGUGUGCUGCUGUGAAAUACCGUGUAUUGCAGCAGGAGAGCUUGCCGCCUUAUGAAUCUGCUAAUGAUUCCUCCUCGGUUACAGUACUUAGACGUUAUUGUAGCCGCUCUGACGGUGCCAUUAGCCUUUGAAGAUAUAUUAGAAAGUGGAAAUGUAGAUAUCUCUCUGAGAGCAAACUCUUACCAGUCUCACUUUGGCAUUUGCUGUGGCGGAUUGAUUAAUGUAAUUACAUUGUUACGACUGUAACUGGGCAUAACUUUUGUUUUUUAAUAAGGAGUCAUGCAGUGUUUGUUUAAAAAGAACAUUUAAAAGACGAGUUUCACAUGUGAGAUCUGAUUCAUAGUAAACAACUGUGUCCACUGUUUAGUAAGUUUCAUGUAACUCUUAAUGUAGCAUCUUGGAUUGUUGUAAUAAAGAUUUU